AUGUACAAUCCCUACCAACCUCCAGGUGCCUACGGCCACCCCCAGGACUAUGGUGCAUACCCCGCUCCUCCUCCAGGGAUGGCAGCACCCGGUACAGCCCCUCCAGCGAGCAUGCAACAGACGAACGCCCAGCAGCCCAGCCGCGGAGGAUUCCCGGCUAACUUCCAACCGCCACCGAAUAUGCCCAACAUCAACUUCUCCGCCCCAGUAAUCCGCCUAGGCACUUCCGGUCCGGCGAAGCCCGCAGGGCCUGAGAUGGGCCGCGAGCGCGGAUCAGAGGGCCCUGGACGUCGUGCUGGUCUUGGUUCCUCCAGCGAAGGGCAGCGCCACCAUGGUCGUGACGCGAUGGUGCCCCAACCGCCUACUCGGGAUGAGAUCGUGCGAACACUUUUUGUCGGUGGAAUCACGGAGGGCGCCGGUGGUGAUGAUGGCAUUGAGCGCAUUCUGCAAUCGGCGGGCCGUCUGCGACGAUGGAUUCGUGCGACAGAUGCUGAUGAGAAGCCUUGCCGGUUUGGCUUUGCUGAGUUCGAUGACCCAGAGAGUCUGGAGACAGCGGUCGAGGUGCUCCGGGAGAUUGAGGUCCCAGUCAAGCGACAGGUGCCUCGCGCUGAGGGCGAAGAAGAACAGGAAGUGGAGAAGAGUACUUUGCUUGUUGUGGUGGACGAGAGCACAACGAAAUACUUGGAGCAGUUUAAGGAUAGCCGUGGCGAACAAGACCCCGAAGAGAUCAAUGCGCGCUUUGAAGCCGCCCGUGGUGAAUUGAAGAACGUUCUGAAAGGCCUUUUCCACCCUACAAACCCCACCCAGAAAGAAGAUGCCUCUGCAUUGGACAGGGAAGGAGAUAUUGAGAUGCAAGAUGGCGAUACUCCAAAGGACGGAGAGGUCGUCACUAUUCCUAUUACCGUUGAGGAUGAGUUGGCCGAUAUCCCACCGGAGAUGCGCGCAAAUGUGGCCAAGGAAAUCGCUGCAUUCCGCGAGAGAAGUAACCGCCGCGAUAUUGAACGGCUGAAGCGUGAAGAAGAGAUUGAGACUAUGGAGCGUUCUCGCAAUUCUGGAUCGCGUUAUAACCGCCUUGCUUCUCCUCCUGCCUCGGCACCCAGCGGUCCCGCUGGUGGUGCGAACGGCAUCCCUCUUGGUCCCCGUGAGCGUGGUAUGCCUAACGCUCCGGCUGGCCCCAAGGGAUUCGGUGUCCAAAUUCCGAAGGAUUACCAGAAGGGCGUGUCGUUUGUCAAUGGUGGUACUAAUGGAUCUCAAGCCUAUGGAAGUCGUGAAGAUGAGGACUCAGAUGCAAGUGACGAGGAGCUGGAACGCCGUCGCCAGGCCAAGCGUGACGCAGACCAAGAGAAGCAAUUUUUGGACCAGGAGCGUCGGUGGCUCAACCGAGAGCGAAGUCGCACCGCUGCUCUUGAGCGUGAGAAGAAGCGUGACAAGGAGGAUGAUGGCAAGCUGCAGGCUGCUCACGAUGAAAUGGACGAGCGGAUGAAAGAGUGGAACGAUGACAUCGAGGCUAGCCGCAAAACCGCCGAGUACUACGCUGAUCGUGGUGCCUGGCUCCGAAGCCGUGCAGCAUUCCGUGCUCGCGAGGCCAGCUUGGACGAGGCUGAUCGUGCCGCCGAGGAGCGUGAGCUUGCCCAGUCCGCCAAGAAACAGGAGCAGGCCCGCGGUGCUGCCGACGAUUUCCUCGCCCGCCAAGCUCAAGAGCUGGAAGCUCGUACACAGGAGCCACGUGAGCCUCAACGCUUCAAGUUGUCUCUCGGAGCUGCGGCUCAAAAGGCCCAGGCCGCCACCACUCGUCGCACUGCAGCCGAAGUCGAAGGCUUGCUGGAAGACGAGGAGGAGCCUGCCACCACCACUCGCCGCCCUCUCAUCCCGAUCAAAUUUGAUACCGCUGCCGAGGCUGCUGGUCUCACAGACGAGGAGCGGGCACAGGCGGCGCGCCAGCUGGCUGCAGAGAUUCCUACCGACAAAGAGGGACUGUGGAACUGGACUGUCAAGUGGGAGUUUGUGGACGAGGCUGUUCUCAGCGAUCAGAUCAAGCCCUUCGUGGAGAAGAAAAUCGUCGAAUACCUGGGUGUACAGGAACAGAUGCUGGUGGACGUUGUAGAGGGCCAUAUUCGGCAGAAGGGUUCUCCCCAGGAGCUUGUGGAUCAGCUUGCAGAGGCCCUGGACGAGGAAGCCGAGGUGCUGGUUCGCAAGUUAUGGCGAAUGCUCAUUUUCUUCUCGGAGAGCGAGAAGCGUGGAUUGUCGGCAUAG